AUAAUUAAGUAUAAAGUUGGACAAAUAGAAUAUAAAAUGUAAAGUACUUCAGAGUGAUGCGCCACUGUGUAGCCUGCAGUACAUGUGUACCAAGUCGUUAAGUCGUUACUACACUGUGUACGUGUGUGGAGGCUCAGAACUGGCCAGCCUGUCAGUCUCCUGGAGCCCCCGCCCCGCCUGUCUGUUAACGGGAACUCCCCCUAAGUUGCCCGGUUCUCCUCUCCCUGCUCAUUCUCUCCAUGAGCUGUCACACACACACAUACACACACAUAUUCCCACACACACGGAGUCGCUUCGUGUCGGAGCGGACCGUCUGUCGGGGGGCUGCUCUUCCCUUCGCCGCUACCCCGGUUACCGAAGAAGCGGCUUGUUUGGUUUCGCAGGCUGCGGCGAGCCUCGUCGUGACAGAGUUUUGGGAAAACGGCUGAAGGAGGAGAAGUGAAGGAGGGAGGAGGAGGAGGAGGAGGAGGAGGAAAAGGUGGUGUCCUCCUGUCAGAAACACACACUUCCUCUGACACAUGGCUGACAGCGGGAGACGGAAGGGGUGAGAGAGAGUACGGGAUUGACACACACGCUCCUAAAGAGAAAGAGGCAGCCGGCCAUCUGUGGUCGGUCCCCUGCUAGUCUGCAGCUGUGUUGGAAUCAGUGAACAGCUCUCAACUCCGUCAGGACUUCAGAAAACCACAGAGUGAGUUAAGGGGGUUCUUCCAACAUCUCUUUACCAAGGGGAUGAGCCCAGGUUGGGCCAAUGUUGAGGCCUCACUGGCCUUGGAUUAGGCCCCUGGGGCUGCUUCUUUGGAGGGAUGGGUGAUAUCCCAGCUGGGUCUUCUGCUGUCGCCAUCCUCCACGGCUGUCAUUAGUGGCUAAUGAGCUGCUGCUAGAGAGGAAACAGAGAAGGUGCCUGUGGAGAGAGGAGGAACCGUACAGCUGUUAUUAAGAGGCCCAGAGAUCUCAGACAAGGAAUUCUUUUGCCUCUGCAAAAGAGUGGAACCCUUAAAAACACUUUUGGAUACAAGCAUGAAAGGAUAUUGACUUUGGAAGCUGUUGUUGUAGACAUUUACUUAGUUCUUUGGAAAUUGUCACCAUGGAUUUAAAAGUGGGAUGAUUCAGUAUUUAGAUUGUUUUUGUCCCUAAACUGAAAGGAUUUUGAAGAUAUUUUGAUUUACAUUUACACAUUCAGUAUUUUUUGACCUUCCUAUGCCCUGAAGGAAUUUGUCACCAUGGCAGCAGCCUAUCGUGUCGUGGUGAGCAGUGUGAGCUGCUACAACAGUGUGGUUGUGGACCGGCGCACUCACUCCCAUGCUGUGCACUACUGCUCAGGGCCAUGUGGGGCCCUGUCCCAAGGACUGGACUGUACUGUUGCACACCGCGGCACGUGCUCCGAGCUGCUUAUUGCACCUGACCCUACAUACACUGACCCAAACAGCUCACUCAUACACUCCCGCAACAUCAUCACUCAGCAGCUUCCUAACCAUGGUAAAAUUAGUGUUACCAUGGAUACUAGUUAUAAUGGUGGUCUAGAGAGGGCAGGCAGCAGUGGCAAUUUGUCUUUGGGGGAGGACAGCCCCACGUGGCGUGGUAAAAAGACUCCCAGUGCUGGAGCAUCGACUGGGAACUUGAUUUCCUCUGGCAGUUUGAAGGACAUUACUGAAGAAGCCAUCAACCUGGCCAGUGGUAAGCUCAAAGAGUUCUCUUUUGACAAGCUCCGCCUCUCCUCCUCCAGCCACGUCACCUUCCGGAAAGGUCGUAAGGUCCGUCCUGACUCUUUCAGCCGUCGCUCCACUGACCUGGAAAUUAUCUACGGCCAGUUCAGCUCCCAAAUCACCACAAAUGGAACUACUAAUGGCAUAACAAAUGGCAUGGCUACUUCCAAUGAUGAGAACCUGCCACCAUUUGUGCCAGGGAAAGGAGCAGGCCUGGAAGAGACAAAGCUAAAGGGAAGCACAAGCACCUUGUCAGCCAUCACCAAAGUGGGUGGUGGAUCAACAAGCAGCCUAUCGAGUAUUGGGUCUUUGGACCAAAGUCUAAACACGGUGGCCUCACUGUACCUCAACACCCUGGGAGAAGAGAACCUGAUUGCCCGUUUGUUGGAGAAAACACGAGCGGAGGCGGGUGCUGGGGGAGCAGGCGGGGAGGACAUUCGUGCCUGCCUUGACAUCCUACUUAAAUGCUCUGAAGACCUAAAGAAAUGCACUGACAUCAUCAAGCAGUGUAUCAGACGCAAAGCUGGUGGAGGGCCAGAGGAUGGAGGAGCCAGUCCUGACAGUAUGUAUCGGGCUGUGAUGACCCGACUCAGCUCGUAUUUGAAGAGACUACCUCUGGAGCUGGAGGGAAUUGGAAGUUUGGGAGGCAGUGUACAGGGUGGUCAGGGUGGUCCCGGAAGUGGGCACAGUGAUCUGGCUGAGCUUGUCAACACACUUCACUCCAUCCAACAGGGGCCAUUCUCUCCAAUAUUUGGCAAUGAGCAACCUCCUCGCUAUGAGGAUGUGGUGCAGUCACCGCCUAUCCCGAAGACUGUUCCACAUUCUGCAUCUUCUACUCCCUCCUCUGUUUUAUCCUCCUCAGACUCUAUCAACACCAAACCAGUCCAAAGCUCCCCGUCCAGAGCCACGCCACUUACCAAUGGGCUACAACAUCUGCAUCCUUCUUCUAUUACACAAAACACACUCUCUCCCCCAUCUGUCACUCUUUCUCCAUCUAGAACCUCUCCAACACACUCCCCUUCACCUCUUCGUACCUCCCCAACCCCACCGUACACACAAACUCCCCCAGCAUCCCCCAUGGAGGCUCUUUAUAUUGAGGAGGAAGAAGCAGAUGUGGACACCACAACAGAACAAAUCUCACAACAGACACACACUCCAACCAGAGGGGUGAACACUACCCAGAACAUAAACGGGAUAACACUGGGUCAACACAUACACCUUUCCCAUCCACACGCACGUCAUAACUCGAAAACUUUGCCGACCAGCUCUGGCUACAGCCCCUCUUGGCCUUCCUCUGCCUCCCAAACAGUCUCAGCACCCAAAGCUGUCUCGCACAGGAAUGAUGACAUUGACAAGCUGCUGAUGGACUUAGAGAAUCUGUCUCAGAGUAUGAGCCAUCCCAGAGGCACUGAGCCUCCACUUCCAGCCAAAACCAGGAAGAGAGAAGGAGGCAAGGGAAUCACUUCAAGUGAAGCCCUCAAUCAGUCCAAAAUGGCCCAAUUCCAAGUCCAGAAGCCAGACAACCACCUAACCAUGAAUGGCCCUACUUCCAGGACUCCCCAGAGUCUCACUCCUCCCCAGAUAGAGAACAAUGAAUCUGUGGUGGGAGAGGAGGAGGAUGGUGCACUGCUGCUGAGAAUCCUGGAGAGCAUUGAGAGUUUUGCCCAGGAGCUGGUGGAUUCUGGUGCAGGGAGCACAGGGAGUGCUGAGAGGAAGUGCGGGAAGGAGCGGGAGGUGAUGAGGCUCCUGCAGGAUACACUUGCCACCACCGGCCGUCCUGACACCCCUCUCGAGAGCCCAAGCCCUCCAGCUCUUCCCUCUAUUCCAUCCAUGCACUCAAAUGCAGUCCCGGCAAUACCGCCAAAACAAUCCCCAGCAAAUAUAACUACAGUUUUACCUGCACCGGCAUCUAUAACUGCAGUUCCUGAACCUGUGGUGUGCGAACCAACACCUAAACCUGCAACUGAUACGGUGCACAAGCCGCUGCCUAUACCUACACCUGAACCUAAAACUGAGGAUACAAAUAAACUUUCAGAAGACUUGGUAGAUGAGACUGAUCCAAAAACCAUCUUUGCCCCUGGAAUACCUGAACCUGCAAGCUUGCAUCCCUCCACACAAUCAUCUGAACCUGCACCUGUCGCUGUACCUGAAGCUCCAGCACCUGUUGCCAUCUCAGUUGUGGUAGCUUCAAGAGAUGAUGCCAUUGCCCUUGGGGAUCCUGCUGCUGUGAGGGACACUGGUGCAACACUCCUCAUCCAGCAGACUCCAGAAGUGAUCAGAGUCCAGUCCAAACCAGAGAAGAAGCCCGGCACACCCCCUCCAGCCCCCACACUGGCCACAGCCUCACCGACGCCCACACCGCGCUCGCCCAGCCCUCCUCCGGCUCCGGUGAUAGUCACCCCUCCUCCGCCUGCCAUCAACAUUCCCAGGUUCUACUACCCCCGUGGGCUCCCUGCCAUGGGCCCGGUCACCAACCACGACGCGGCCAUUGCUGCCAUCGAGGCGGCCUUCGCUGAGUUUGAGGAGGAGAAGGCGGACAUAUAUGAAAUGGGCAAGAUUGCGAAGGCAUGCGGGUGUCCACUUUACUGGAAGGCGCCCAUGUUUUACUCAGCAGGUGGCGAGAGGACGGGCUUUGUCUCCGUUCACUCCUUUGUUGCAACCUGGAGGAAGUUGUUGCACAGUUGCCAUGAUGAUUCAUCAAGGUUUAUUUCCUUGCUCACCAAACCUGGCUGUAACUACCUGGAGCAGGAGGACUUCAUCCCUCUAUUGCAGGACAUAGUGGAUACACACCCAGGCCUCACGUUUCUGAAGGAUGCACCUGAGUUCCAUUCCCGCUACAUAACAACGGUGAUCCAGCGGAUAUUCUACGUGGUGAACCGUUCGUGGACGGGUCGCAUCACCAUGAUGGAGCUGCGCCGGAGCAACUUCCUACAGACCCUGGCCCUGCUGGAGGAGGAGGACGACAUCAACCAGAUCACCGACUACUUCUCCUACGAACACUUCUAUGUCAUCUACUGCAAGUUCUGGGAGCUGGACACCGACCACGACCUCUACAUCGAUGCCAAAGACUUGGGGAGAUACAACGACCACGCCUCCUCAAACAGAAUCAUUGAAAGAUUAUUUUCGGGGGCCGUCACUCGGGGCAGCGCUGUGCAGAGAGAAGGCAGGAUAAGCUACGCCGAGUUCGUCUGGUUCCUCAUAUCUGAGGAGGACAAGAAAAAUCCCACCAGUAUAGAGUACUGGUUCCGCUGCAUGGACACAGAUGGCGACGGUGUUCUGUCCAUGUUCGAGUUGGAGUAUUUCUACGAGGAGCAGUGUGAGAGGAUGGAGCGGAUGGGCAUCGAACCUCUGCCCUUCCAGGAUUUGCUCUGCCAGAUGCUCGACCUGGUCAAACCUGAGAGCCAAGGCAAGAUAACCCUCGGCGAUUUGAAGCGCUGCCGGAUGGCCCACAUAUUCUUCGACACCUUCUUCAACCUGGAGAAGUACCUGGACCACGAACAGAGAGACCCAUUUGCUGUGCAAAAGGACAUUGAUAGUGAAGGUCCAGAGCCAUCUGACUGGGAUAAAUAUGCCUCUGAAGAGUAUGAGAUACUGGUGGCGGAGGAGACUGCAAAUGAACAGCUACAUGAAGGGUCAUUCGAUGAUGACUAUGAAUCCGAUGAUCUUCAAGUCCCCGGAGAGAUCGGGAAUAAAAUGGAAAAGCUGGUCAUAUCAGACCUGUCGGCAUAGAGCUCCUGCCCUGGAACACUUUGGAUGGAUGCAUCCAGAAAUACAUGGAUUAAAAGAAAGAGAGAGAGCAAAGCGAUCACGCUGUCUGUUUAUUCGACGACUCUGGAGUCUCACUCGUAACGGAGUCCUCAGCUUUUUGUGUGUGUGACCGUAAACCAGUACUGUUCUGCAUCUGGUGCAAUAACACAUCUGUAUUAAUACAGAAGACAAUGUUACUGCCUCCAGCUCUUCGCUCCGUCUGAAAGCGACAAAGCAAACGAUGGGUGGAGAAGUGUACAAUAAGCUCUAAAAAGGAAACAAGGAACAAUUAAACUGUAAAAUAAUUGUGAAUUCUCUACUGACAAUCCUGCCAGAAGACAAUCACCUGAAUUUUUAAUCGUCACUGUGCUAAAGGUCGGCAGACAGGCAGACUGUCAGUUGCGCAAAUAGAAACAGCGAGACAGAAACAGAUAAUUAUAGAUAGUCACUGCCACAGUCACCAAACAGUCAGCUGCUCUAUUAUGAUACAUACAGACGGACACUGCCAUCAGAAACCUGCUGCCUGUGCAGCUUGUCACUGUGUUCCUUGUAAAGGAAGUAGUUAAGCCUCCUGCUCCUUCAGGGAGGAAUCAUGUAACAGUCUGUGUUGUCCCAGCAGCACCUCUCUGUGGCCGGCCUGUGCUACUGCAGGCCAUUGCAGUGCGCCUAAUGGUUGGUCACCGUUUCCAAAAGGGAGUUUAGUUCACUGCACAGUCUGAGCUGCUCUGUUAUUAGCACUGCAUUAUCAGAGCUGCACCUCUGGACUCUCCGGUCUGCGUUAGCCAUCCAUUUCAUCGCUUCGAUUCUCAAUCAGGUCACAGUGAGACGUAUGCACAUAAAAUAAUGCAUGUUGAGAACACAUAUCAAACUCUCUGGUAGAGUUGCCCGCACAUUUCCACCCAUAGCAUUUGUAACGACGCAAUAGAUGCACAUAAUAACUGUGAGUCUGACGCAGUUAUCCAGCACAUCCCACUGUAUGUUUCCUCACAUCCUUGUUGAUUGUGUACAGCACCUGGUGAUAAUUAUCAAUCUGUUUUUGUCAUUUAUGCCAAAAAAACAUUUUUCUCUGUAGAAUUCUCAUCGUAUUACCAUUUGUUUAUGAAACUCUGUGGUGUCUGUUUUCCCUGUAACACACAAGCCAAACCUGCAACUAACGAUGCCUCUUAAAGGGUCAGUUCACCCUCGGACAAACGUAAACUCUCACACUUCUACUGGUGUCUAGCCUGCAGGAACUGUGGCCCAAGUUUGAUUUAUUUCUUGCACAACAUUACAAAGAAACUGAAAAGUCUUUUCUGUGAAUUAUGCACAGUGACAGGGACACUGUUAUAAAAAGAUGUGUUGCAGAAGAUUUUUUUUCUUUAAUGUAAUUUUAUCCUUCUACCUUUAUCGUCACCUGAUCCUCAGAUGGAUUUCUCGCAACUUGGGCAAAACAAAUCCAAAGUAUUUCCACAGACGGAUACCUUAAGUGAGAGUUUGUCUUCUAACUUGGGUGAACUCGUCCUUUAACUCUAUUAUUUACUGUGCUACACCCAUGGGGACAGGUGCGAGUGUGUACACUGCCCUUCCUGUAAUAGCUCGGAGUGUGUGUUUGCUUAUAAAUCACUGAUAGAGGGGUGUGUUUUAGGAGUGUGUGAUGGGUAGCUCUCAGUUUCGGGGGCUGUUAAUAUGUCAUAGCUGUUGCCAUAGGGACGUGUUCCCGGAGUCAGUGUGUGCGCUGAUUGUAUAACUCUUUAAUUAGGAAAAGGGACAGCUCUUGUCCUCACUGAGCUCAAACCCACUUGCGUAUACCUCCUUUACCUGCACUUACUGUACACAUACACACACAUAUUACACUAUAGUUGCUAUUGAAAGAGAGAGAGAAAGCGAGAGGAUGCUGUAAGGCCUUGACGACCUUGAGUUUCUUGUGCUCUACAGCCAUUGUAAAUGUGCCUGACUGUGUAUUAAACUCUAUUAUUAAAAUAAUAACAGUAAUGAUAAGCCAUUAUAGAAAUAACGGCUGUGAUUUUACAUGUAUUUUACUGGUUUGUAUUUUGCUGUGCCACUGUGUGGCUCGGGACAGGGGGGUAAAUUAUGUUAGGUGUGUGUAUGUUUGUGUGUUAGAUGCACGGUGGAUUUUCAUCAGCAGAGGACGAGGGAAUCCUCUGGCGGACUGAUCUGACAAUCAGAAAUAUGAGACAAAUCCCUGACGGAGACCCUCCGAGACUGAUGUUCCACUGCUGUGGUCACACACACACACACACACACUCACGCGCUCUCAAGGAGAACCUGCUCAUCCGGACAGUAUUUAAGAAGAACUGUUGAGGGCAACAGGACGUCUCCAGCCGAUGACUUUGUGGCUCUGUGUACGGUGCCCUCGUGUUUGCACAAAGCAGGAGGCAAGGAGAAAAGCCAUGCAAGACUUUUAUUUUGAAAUGACAUCUCUACUGCCAGAGGUAGAGAUGUCUUGACAUCCUCGGUGCCGAGGAGACUGGCUGAGAUGUGUUCAAUCCUGAUGGUUAUUGUAUUGGCAUGGUUUUACUUUCCAUCCAUCACUUCUUUUUCUUUCUUUCUUUCUUUCUUUCUUUCUUUCUUUCUUUCUUUCUUUCUUUCUUUCUUUCUUUCUCUGUUUCUCUCUUUCUCUCGUCUCUGUUAUUUGUUGCUUUUGUCUGAAGUUUAAAAGUUUAAAUAAAGAUGUUUCAACAGUAUUAAAUCCCCUUGCAGAUUCUUCACGGCUUCUCACAUACACCCUCCUCCCAUCCCCUCAGACACACAAACCUCUCUUUCACACGCCAACGUUCGUCAUCACUCCCUCCUUGUGUACACACACUGUGUACUGUAAGUCUGUUUGUCUGGACUGGUGCUCAGUGGAGAGUACUUUACAGUCUUUUGAACCGAUGAGUGCCUGUGACCCUUUUACCUGUAGGC